AUGGAGAGCUUAGCUCAGCUGGAAGUGUUGUGUGAAAGACUUUACAAUUCGCAAGACUCAGCAGAACGGACACACGCUGAGAACACUCUGAAAUGCUUUUCAACAAAUAUUGAUUAUAUUUCUCAGUGUCAGUAUAUAUUGGAUAAUGCUUUGACCCCUUAUGCUUUGAUGCUGGCAAGCUCAAGCUUGUUGAAGCAAGUGACUGACCACAGUCUCUCGUUGCAGCUACGCCUUGAUAUCAGAAAUUACCUUAUGAACUAUCUGGCAAACAGAGGUCCUGAGUUGCAGCCCUAUGUGAUUGGAUCUUUAGUUCAGCUUUUAUGCCGACUUGCCAAAUUUGGAUGGUUUGAUGAUGACAGAUUUCGAGAUAUUGCUAAAGAAUCUAUCAACUUUUUGAACCAGGCAACAACAGAUCACUAUGCAAUUGGUUUAAAGAUAUUGAAUCAGCUUGUUAGUGAGAUGAAUCAGCCGAAUCCUGGUUUGCCUUCAUCACAUCACCGAAGAGUGGCCUGUAAUUUCAGGGAUCAAUGCCUUUUCCAGAUUUUUCAGAUAUCUUUAACAUCAUUACAUCAGCUUAAAAAUGAUGCCAUCAGCAGGUUGCAAGAAUUGGCUUUAUCACUGGCAUUAAAAUGCCUGUCUUUUGAUUUUGUUGGGACAUCUAUUGAUGAAAGCUCUGAAGAAUUCGGGACUGUCCAGAUUCCAUCUUCUUGGAAGCCUGUGCUAGAGGAUUUUUCAACUCUACAGAUAUUUUUUGACUUGUAUGCACUCACCAAGCCCCCUAUCUCCAAGGAGUCACUGGAGUGCUUGGUGCGACUUGCUUCCGUGAGACGCUCUCUUUUCACCAAUGAUGCCACACGUUCUAAGUUCUUGGACCAUCUAAUGUCAGGAACCAAAGAAAUUUUGCGAACAGGGCAAGGUCUUGCCGACCAUGAUAACUACCAUGAGUUUUGUCGCUUACUUGGACGAUUCAGAAUUAAUUAUCAGUUGUCUGAACUUGUAACCAUGGAAGGCUAUGGAGAUUGGAUACGUUUAGUUGCCGAGUUCACGUCAAAAUCUUUGCUGUCCUGGCAGUGGGCUAGCAGCAGUGUCUAUUAUCUUUUAGGUUUAUGGUCUAGGUUGGUGAGCUCUGUACCUUACCUGAAGGGUGAUGCGCCGAGUUUGCUUGACGAAUUUGUGCCUAAAAUUACCGAAGGUUUUAUUUCUUCAAGAUUGGACUCUGCUCAGGCUGGCCUGCCCGAUGAUAUAUCAGAGCACCCACUGGACAGUGUUGAUCUUCUUCAAGAUCAACUGGAUUCUUUUCCACAUCUUUGUCGGUUUCAGUAUGAAAAGAGUAGCUUGUUCAUUAUCAAUAUCAUGGAGCCUAUUAUACAAAUUUACAUGGAAAGGGCACAGCUUCAGACUGGUGAUAAAAGUGAACUUCCCAUCUUGGAAGCUAAGCUUGCUUGGAUUGUACAUAUAAUUGCUGCAGUUUUGAAAAAUAGGCAAUCUGUUGGCUGCAGUGCCGAAUCACAAGAAGUAAUUGAUGCCGAACUUUCAGCUCGUGUUUUACGCCUAGUAAAUGUUGCUGACAAUGGGUUACACAGUCAGAGAUAUGGUGAACUAAGCAAGCAAAGACUUGAUCGAGCAAUUCUGACCUUUUUCCAGAACUUUAGGAGGUCUUACGUAGGUGACCAGGCGGUGCAUUCAUCAAAGCAGCUGUAUUUCCGGUUGUCUGAACUUAUUGGACUUAAUGAUCAUCUAUUGCUUUUGGACUUUGUUGUUCGAAAAAUUGCGACAAACCUCAAGUGUUAUACAAAGAGUGAGGAAGUUAUCGACCAAACAUUGAGUCUGUUCUUGGAGCUGGCAUCUGGUUACAUGACUGGAAAGUUACUUCUCAAGUUAGACACUGUCAAGUUUAUUGUUGCUCAUCACACUAGGGAGCAUUUUCCAUUUCUUGAAGAGUAUAGCUGCUCUAGGAGCAGAACAACGUUCUACUAUACUAUUGGCUGGCUAAUAUUUCUUGAAGACAGUGCAGCCGUCUUUAAGUCUUCAAUGGAUCCUUUGCAGCAGGUAUUUUUCAUUUUGGAGUCAACCCCUGAGACCAUGUUUCGAACAGAUUCUGUGAAAUAUGCUCUAAUUGGAUUGAUGAGAGAUCUAAGGGGGAUAGCAAUGGCCACAAGUAGUCGCAGAACUUAUGGACUUCUCUUUGACUGGAUUUAUCCUGCUCACAUGCCAAUUCUGCUUAGAGGAAUCUCACACUGGGCAGACACACCUGAGGUGACAACACCAUUGCUGAAAUUCAUGGCUGAGAUCGUAUUAAAUAAAGCUCAAAGAUUGACUUUUGAUACUUCAUCUCCGAACGGCAUACUUCUUUUCAGAGAAGUCAGCAAGCUAUUAGUUGCAUAUGGCUCGAGGAUUUUGUCAUUACCAACUGCUACUGAUGUAUAUGGCUUCAAAUACAAGGGAAUAUGGAUUUCCUUGACUAUUCUUACUCGGGCGCUCGCUGGAAAUUAUGUCAAUUUUGGUGUUUUUGAACUUUAUGGUGAUAGAGCACUUGCGGAUGCACUUGAUAUUGCCCUUAAGAUGACGCUGUCAGUUCCACUGGCGGACAUUUUGGCUUACAGGAAGUUAACAAAGGCAUAUUUUGCAUUCGUGGAGGUUCUAUUUAAUAGCCAUCUUGUUUUUGUUUUGAGCCUUGAUACACGCACCUUCAUGCAUAUCGUUGGUUCACUUGAGUCUGGUCUCAAAGGUCUCGAUGCUGGCAUAUCCUCCCAGUGUGCAUCUGCAGUAGAUAAUUUAGCUGCUUUUUAUUUCAAUAAUAUAACCAUGGGUGAAGCGCCAACAUCACCAGCUGCAGUUCAUCUUGCCAGGCAUGUUGCUGAAUGCCCGACAUUGCUCCCUGAAAUACUCAAAACCCUUUUUGAGAUUGUUUUAUUUGAGGACUGUAGCAACCAGUGGAGUCUAAGUAGGCCAAUGUUGAGCUUGAUACUCAUAAAUGAGCAGAUGUUCACGAAUUUGAAAGCUCAAAUACUGGCUUCACAGCCUGCGGAUCAGCAUCAGCGACUUGCCGCUUGUUUUGAUAAAUUGAUGUGUGAUGUGAGCCGAGGCUUGGAUUCAAAGAACAGGGACAAGUUCACACAAAACUUAACCACGUUUAGGCACGACUUUCGUGUCAAGUAG